AUGUCGAAGCAGACUUACAAAGUGUGCUUCUGCUUCCGCCGCCGGUUCCGCAUGGCUGCGGCUGAGGCGCCGGCCGAUAUCAAGGCCCUAUUUGAGCAGUACUCGGAUAACGGCGUAAUGGGUGUCGAUCAGCUGCAGCGCUUCCUCAUCGAGGUCCAGAAAGAGGAUAAUGCCACGGUUGCUGCUGCCCAGGAUAUCAUGAAUAGCCUCCACGAGUCGAGGCACCUCAACAUAUUUCAUCGCCAGGGACUCAAUCUUGAGGGAUUUUUUAAGUAUUUGUUUGGGGAAGUUAAUCCCCCGCUUAAUCCCAAACUCGGGGAUGAUGACUUAGAUGAAGGUGAUGAAGAUGAUGGAGUUGAUGAAGAGGAUCCUAAGUCCCAGCAGAUUGCAGAACCACCAGAAUAUAAGCGCUUGAUUGCUAUUCAUGCUGGAAAGGGGAAGGGUGGAAUGCAGGAUUGGCUGAGGGUUGAUCCUGAGAAAGUGAGACGUCUCAGCUUAAGUGAGCAAGAGCUUGAAAAGGCUAUAUUAACUUAUGGAAGAGAUAUUAUCAGGUUUACGCAGCGGAACAUAUUAAGAGUAUACCCUAAAGGUAUACGCUUUGACUCUUCCAACUACAAUCCCUUAAUUGCAUGGAUGCAUGGAGCUCAGAUGGUUGCAUUUAACAUGCAGGGUUAUGGAAGAUCACUUUGGUCAAUGCAUGGAAUGUUCAGGGCCAAUGGUGGUUGCGGAUAUGUUAAAAAGCCAGACCUUCUGUUGAGGGCUGGUCCACACAACGAGGUCUUUGAUCCUCAAGCUAAAUUACCUGUCAAAACUACUUUAAAGGUGACUGUAUUCAUGGAUUUCUAUGCAAGGGUAGGAAUUGCUGGAGUGCCUAGUGAUACUGUGAUGAAGAAAACAAAGACACUUGAGGACAACUGGAUACCAACUUGGGAUGAGGUUUUUGAAUACCCAUUAACAGUUCCAGAACUGGCCCUGCUUCGAAUUGAAGUUCACGAGUACGACAUGUCUGAGAAGGAUGACUUUGCCGGCCAAACAUGCCUACCGGUGUCAGAAUUGAGACAAGGUAUCCGAGCAGUUCCAAUUUACAAUCGCAAGGGGGAUAAGUACAAGUCCGUGAAGCUUCUUAUGCGAUUUGAAUUUGUUUGA